AUAGUACUCUUGUCAUGAAAUCCGUGUAAUUAUAGUAGUUGUAAGUAGUCAUCUUCGUUGAUAACAGUGAGAUAGAGAGAGAGAGAAACAAGAAAAAUAUCACAGAAAAAACAGUAUUACAAGGAAAAAAAGUACACACAAAGAGGAAUAGAGGAGCGUCUUCUUCAUCUUCUGUUGAAAAUAGUGGAUUUACACUCAGGUGUAACAGAACUGUAAAGGUUGGAUUUUGGUAAAGUUGAAAGGGUUUUUUUUAGUUGACUGGUAGAGUUGAAAUUUGGGGAAAAAGAAAUGGCUGGUGACAAUGACGAAGGUAAUAGUGAUAUGGUCCAGAGACUUCAAUCAUCAUUUGGGACAUCAUCUUCUUCACUUCCUAAACAACUUCAACCUAUUUCGAUGAACCAAUUGGACAUACCCCAGUUGACAACCUCUCAAUUUAGGGGUCAAAUGAGGCAAUUUUCUCCCAAUUUUGGUGUUGAAAAUAGUAAAAGAAUAGGUAUACCGCCUUCUCACCCGCAAAUGCCCCCUAUUUCACCAUAUUCUCAGAUCCCUGUAACCAGGCCAGGGAAUCAGCAAAUGGGUAUGCAGAACUUUACUAGUGCAGGGCCAUCGCAUUCGCGAUCUUUAUCACAACCAGCGUUUUUCUCACUGGAUUCCUUGCCACCCUUGAGCCCUUCACCGUAUAGGGAAUCCCCAUCCACGUCUAUGUCUGACCCGAUAUCUGCUGAUGUCUCAAUGGGUGAUCAGGAUGGCAAUUCACAUUCUUUAUUGCCGCCUACGCCUUUCUCUAGGUGUAAUUCAUCAAGGGCAGGGGAGAGUCUUCCUCCUCGUAAGGCUCAUAGGAGGUCUAAUAGUGAUAUACCAUUCGGUUUUUCUGCUAUAAUGCAGUCCUCGCCACCACUUGUUCCGUUAAGGAGUCCUGGUGCUCUUGAAAGGUCAGUUCCUUCAAGGGAUAAUUCGGGUGGUAAACCAGUUCAGUUGGUUAAACGUGAAUCUAUGUGGGAAAGAGGAAAUGAUUAUAACAAUGUUGAAGGGAUGGGUGAGAGGAAAUCCGAAGGAGAAGUUGUGGAUGACUUGUUUUCUGCGUAUAUGAAUUUGGACAACAUUGAUGCAUUUAACUCUUCGGGAACUGAUGAGAAGCUGGGUAUUGAGAACCGUGAAGAUUUAGAUAGUAGAGCGAGUGGUACAAAGACGAAUGGUGGUGAUAGCAGUGAUAAUGAAGCUACAAGCAGUGUCAAUGACAGCAGCAGCGGCAGUAUGCAGAAGAGGGAAGGGGUCAAAAGGAGUGCUGUGGCAGAUAUUGCUCCGACCACUAGACACUACAGGAGUCUUUCGAUGGAUAGUUUUAUGGGGAAGUUAAACUUCAUUGAUGAUUCACCAAAGUUGCCUCCAUCUCCUGGACCACGCCCAGGCCAACUCUCACCAACCAAUUCACUUGAUGGAAAUUCAAACAGUUUCAGUUUGGAAUUUGGAAAUGGUGAAUUUAGUGGAGCUGAAUUGAAGAAAAUUAUGGCAAAUGAAAAACUUGCAGAGAUAGCUUUAGCAGAUCCAAAACGAGCCAAAAGGAUUUUAGCCAACCGUCAAUCUGCUGCUCGUUCUAAAGAAAGAAAGAUGAGAUACAUUGCAGAGUUAGAACACAAGGUUCAGACAUUGCAGACUGAAGCCACCACAUUAUCUGCUCAAUUGACCCUCUUGCAGAGAGAUGCGACUGGGCUAACAAGCCACAAUAGUGAACUGAAGUUUCGUUUGCAAGCCAUGGAACAGCAAGCUCAACUUCGUGAUGCUCUAAAUGAAGCAUUAACUGCUGAAGUACAACGCUUGAAGAUUGCAACCGCAGAGCUUAGUGCAGACGCUUCCAAGUUUCAGCAGCUAUCUCUAAAUCCUCAGAUGUUCCAGUCACAGCAGCAACAAUCUAAUCAGCUAAACAUGCAUCAGUUGCAACAGCAGCAGCAGCAACAACAACAACAACAUGCUCAAGCACGACAACAACUUAACAGCUCUACAACUUCAAAGCAUGAAUCAAAGUAGUAGCUUUUGGGAAAUAUCCGAUCUUCGUAAUUUUUAUAUUAGUUUGUUGAUAGAUGUUGCAAGUGUUUUCAUAAUCAUUCAAUGCAUUCAUUCAUUUAGUUCUGCAUUCACAACAAAACACACCAAGUCUUGGUAUUUAUUAUCUAUAGGACAUGCAUGUUCAUUGGAUUUACUAGUCACAAAGAGUCUUGUGAUGUAUACAACAGUUGGUUCUUUUUUUUUUGUUCUACAAGGAUAUUGAAUUCAAGGUCAUAUGAACUUGACUCGUUUUGUUAUUAUGGAAGUUUAAUUCAAAUUUGCCU